GUUCAAAAAAAAAAGUUGUUCAAUGGAGAAACCGACUACUUCAACCAGUUUGGCACGAACCAAAUCGGACCAACUGGUGGAGACUCUGGCAGCGGCUUUCAAGUCACCGCGGCAAAACGAACAUCAGUCACCGGGAACCUCAGAAAGUGGUGGAACUCCGUCGAGGAAGCCGAGCAAACGGUUGGUGCUCGGUGCAUCACCGAAGUGGAGCAGCGGCGGCAGCGAGAACAACACUUACAUUAGGAAGUCGAGGAGUGCUCAGAUGAAGCUGGAGUUGGAAGAACUGAGCAGCGGGGCGGCUCUCAGCCGCGCCUCUAGCGCUAGUUUGGGGUUGUCUUUUUCGUUCACCGGCUUCACUGUGCCGGCGGAUGAGAUCGCCGAUUCCAAACCCUUAAGCGACGAUAAUAUACCUGAAGAUGUUGAAGCUGGAACCUCUAAGAUGAAAUUUCAGACAGAACCUACUUUGCCAAUUUAUCUCAAGUUCACAGAUGUGAGCUACAAGGUGAUUAUCAAAGGAAUAACAAGUUGUGAAGAGAGGGAUAUCUUGAAUGGGUUCUCUGGCGCUGUAAAUCCCGGGGAAGUUUUGGCUCUUAUGGGACCUUCAGGUAGUGGGAAGACCACACUUCUUAAUAUUCUCGCAGGCCGGUUAACUCAGUCCACUGUUGGUGGUUCCGUUACAUAUAAUGAUCAGCCUUAUUCCAAGUUUCUUAAAAGCAGGAUAGGAUUUGUGACUCAGGACGAUGUCUUGUUUCCGCACCUUACGGUGAAAGAAACGUUGACGUAUGCAGCCCGCCUGCGACUGCCGAAAGUACUAACGAAACAGCAGAAGGAAAAACGAGCCGUCGAUGUGAUUCACAAGUUAGGCUUGGAAAGAUGUCAAGACACAAUGAUUGGUGGAUCGUUCGUUCGAGGCGUGUCCGGUGGGGAAAGGAAAAGAGUUUGUAUUGGAAAUGAAAUCAUAAUCAACCCUUCUCUUCUCUUUCUCGAUGAACCAACCUCUGGCUUGGAUUCAACAACUGCUUUAAGAACAAUUCAAACAUUACAAGACAUAGCUGAGGUAGGGAAGACAGUGAUAACAACAAUCCACCAGCCAUCAAGUAGACUGUUUCACAAAUUUGACAAGUUGAUUCUUCUUGGGAAAGGCAGUUUACUCUACUUUGGGAAAGCUUCAGAAGCAAUGGUUUAUUUCUCAUCCAUUGGCUGUUCCCCUCUAAUUGCAAUGAACCCUGCAGAGUUUCUUCUUGACCUUGCAAAUGGGAACAUAACUGAUAUUUCUGUGCCAUUAGAGCUCGAAGACAAAGUUCAAAUGGGGAAUUCGGAAGCUGAAACAGGAAACGGAAAGCCUCCACCAUCAGUUGUUCAUGAGUAUCUUGUGGAGGCCUAUGAGUCGAGACUUGCAGAUAGUGAGAAGAGGAAACUUAUGGCUCCUCUUCCAUUAGACGAAGAGCUGAAGUCGAAAGUGUCUUCUUCGAAGAGGCAAUGGGGUGCAAGCUGGUGGCAACAGUAUUGCAUCUUAUUCUGUAGAGGGAUCAAAGAACGAAGGCAUGAUUAUUUCAGCUGGUUGAGGAUCACACAAGUUCUUUCAACAGCAAUCAUCUUGGGAUUACUAUGGUGGGAAUCGGAUAGUAAAACCGCAAGAGGCCGUCAAGAUCAGGCAGGGCUACUGUUCUUCAUAGCUGUCUUCUGGGGCUUCUUUCCUGUUUUCACAGCAAUCUUCACAUUCCCUCAAGAAAGAGCCAUGCUUGGUAAAGAAAGAGCAGCCGACAUGUACCGAUUGAGCGCAUAUUUUCUAGCUAGGACUACAAGUGACCUUCCACUUGAUCUGAUAUUACCGGUACUUUUCCUUCUGGUAGUCUACUUCAUGGCAGGCUUGAGACUGAGUGCUAGUCCCUUCUUCCUCACUACGCUAACGGUUUUCCUCUGCAUUGUUGCUGCCCAGGGUCUUGGACUAGCCAUUGGAGCCACACUCAUGAACUUAAAGAGAGCUACCACUUUGGCAUCAGUAACUGUGAUGACCUUCAUGCUGGCUGGUGGUUAUUUUGUUAAGAAAGUACCAGUGUUCAUAUCUUGGAUCCGAUAUAUGUCAUUCAACUAUCACACAUACAAGCUUCUUCUAAAGGUACAAUACCAAGGCAUCCUGCCUGCAGUAAACGGCAUAAAAACAGACAGUGGGUUGAACGAAGUUUGUGCCCUGGUUGCAAUGAUUUUCGGCUACCGUAUCUUGGCAUACCUCUCAUUGAGAAGAAUGAAGCUUCAUUGUUGAAAUGCUUGGGGUUGCCAUUAUUUCAAGGAUGAUCUUGAAAAGCUUGGACUCAAGUGUUGCAGAACUGAUGUUACCGAGAAUCAGAAGUAUGCAAAUAUAGGAUGCAUCUCCAUAUAUUUUCUGGGUGUUUUUUUUACCUUGAAGAAUUUGUGAAUGAUCUCCUAUAUUGUUAAUUUAACCAUGUACGUGGAAUUUCUUGUAUGCAGUGGUGAAUCCUUUGCAUAUGUUGUUGAAUUUUAUGCUAAAAGGCUU